AAACAUUUCGAACACAACAUUAAUGGAAAUGCUAUCGCGAAUAUGCUGUUCGUGUGUAGUGUGCGACCAUUGAAAGUAUUUUUAUUAAAGUCACGUCGGAUUUCAGUCUUAGCUGGUGUUCUAUCAGGAUGCAUCGCGUAGCUCUAGUGAGCUUACGGUCGAGCGCUAAGUUCGCACCGAUUCGACGGAACGUCGGCAAUUUUGAGCCGCCAUAUCUCAAGCUAUUGAAGCCACCAACACCCGUGCAUGAGGGCCUGCUGAACAUCCAGUUAAAAGGUUAUGAUUUUGUCGUAUUGGAACAACAAACGCGGAGGAUCGAGAAAUUAGCCGCUCUGCUGAAUGUCAGCGUCACCGAAACAUGGGCUACGCCAUUACAAGCGUUUGAACUUCAUACAUUUAAUCCACAAUCAACAGUUGUGGACAAAACCUACAAACUUAAUAUAUACGAACGAAAUGUCCAACUGGAAAUGCUUCCCGGGAUCAUAGCGGGAAUGCUAAUUGACCUAAUUCAAAAAAAUCUUGCUGCAGGAGUUUCGGUCAGCAUCCAUAAACAUCUGCCAGAACACACCGAAGUUCGGGAGAUCCCUGAUCUUGAGCUCGAAUCAUUGGAACGGCAACUCGAAGAAAUUAAAAAUCCUCCACCGCACAAAAAAAUUUAGAAAUGGAAUAAUGAGUUCCCUAUAUAUAAAAGAUAAUUCUAGUAAUAGGCUUUGGUAAAGGAGAUGAAAACAUAAGAAAAGCUAUUAUUUCUGAGUAGUAAAU